GCAGGAGCGUCUGCCGAGCGCAUCCAUUCCCAGGAAGCAGCAGCGGCGUUCGUUUUAUUCUAGAGAAGGGAAGCCUCGUAUUUCGAGGUCAGGGUAUUUCCAAACGAGGUCAAAAGAGAUUAUUACAUUGUUUUAGGGCAGCUUGCUGUCACUGACAACAAGCUAUGUCUAGUCGUCGUUUUCCUAACUAAUAUGGACUAUUUUACUGGGCAGUGGCGCGGUUGGCUUUAGCCGCUGACUGGACCCCCUCCUCGGGACACAAUUGCCUCAAAUUGGUCAAAUUCAGAUUUUUUUUUUCACUGAAAAGGUGGGCUGGCUGCCAGCCAAUCGGGGACCCUGGAGCCGGACACGGAGGAUAGCGUGGCCAUGACGGGGGGCACAACGGCGGCCGCCCUGCCCAUGAGCAACCACACGCGGGAGCGUGUGACCGUGGCCAAGCUGACGCUGGAGAACUUCUACAGCACCCUCCUCACACAGCAUGAGGAGCGGGAGAUGAGGCAGAAGAAGCUGGAGAAGGUGAUGGAUGAUGAAGGCUUACUGGAUGACGAGAAGGUGAUGCGGCGCUCCCAGCACGCCCGUAAGGAGACAGAGUUCCUGCGGCUGAAGCGGACGCGUCUCGGCCUGGACGACUUUGAGUCCCUGAAGGUCAUAGGUCGCGGGGCGUUUGGAGAGGUGCGGCUGGUGCAGAAGAAAGACACGGGACACAUCUACGCCAUGAAGAUCUUAAGGAAGGCCGACAUGCUGGAGAAGGAGCAGGUGGCUCACAUCCGGGCGGAGCGAGACAUCCUGGUGGAGGCGGACGGGGCGUGGGUGGUGAAGAUGUUCUACAGCUUCCAGGACAAGAGGAACCUCUACCUCAUCAUGGAGUUCCUGCCUGGAGGGGACAUGAUGACCCUGCUGAUGAAGAAGGACACCCUGUCGGAGGAGGCCACCCAGUUCUACAUCGCCGAGACGGUCCUGGCCAUCGACUCCAUCCACCAGCUGGGUUUCAUCCACCGCGACAUCAAGCCUGACAACCUGCUGCUCGACUCCAGGGGCCACGUCAAGCUGUCGGACUUCGGUCUGUGUACCGGACUCAAGAAAGCCCACCGCACCGAGUUCUACCGCAACCUCACCCACAACCCGCCCAGCGACUUCUCCUUUCAAAAUAUGAACUCCAAGAGGAAAGCGGAGACUUGGAAGAAGAACCGGAGGCAACUGGCCUACUCGACGGUGGGGACCCCAGACUACAUCGCCCCGGAGGUCUUCCUGCAGACGGGCUACAACAAGCUGUGUGACUGGUGGUCGCUGGGGGUCAUCAUGUACGAGAUGCUCAUCGGGUACCCCCCGUUCUGCUCGGAGACGCCCCAGGAGACCUACAGGAAGGUGAUGAACUGGAAGGAGACCCUGGUCUUUCCUCCUGAAGUCCCCAUCUCAGAGAGAGCCAAGGACCUGAUCCUCAGGUACUGCACGGACGCAGAGAACCGGGUCGGCGCUGUGAGUGUGGAGGAGAUCAAGGGUCACGCCUUCUUUGAGUCCGUCGACUGGGAACACAUCAGGGAGCGACCGGCGGCCAUCUCUAUCGAGAUCAAAAGCAUCGACGACACGUCGAACUUUGACGAGUUCCCUGAGUCCGACAUUCUCCAGCCUGCAACCAACGUGACGGAGCCGGACUUCAAGUCCAAGGACUGGGUGUUCCUCAACUACACCUACAAGCGCUUCGAGGGCCUCACCCAGCGCGGCACCAUCCCAAACUACAUGAAGGCCGGGAAGGCUUAAAGCACCGCCCGACUCACCCCCGCCCUCCCACCCCAGGGAACACAGACUUACCACGGACACAGGGUUCUGGGGGCUGGUCGGCCCCCCUUCGCUGGUGCUGACCGCAAUCUUAACCCCGACGUCUCCAACGACCAUUCUCCCCCCUAGACUAGUCGCAUCCCUCGCUCGCAUUUCAGGAGUGCAGAUGCCCCGCCCUGGUUUUGUUUAGUUUUUAGGGCCAACCAUGGCGUCCGUCGCAGGCCCGGGUCUCCCUUUGUGAUUGUUCAGCGCCGCCGCAUGUAAACGCAGACGUGAAGCCUCGGCGGGGCGGAGGGGUUGACCCCCAGAAGGGGUACGUUAAAAGAUGUAAGGGUUGUUCUUAUUUUGUCUCAGAAAAGGAAGACCUUCUUUGAGACAAACUGACCCGUCUGGUGAGGAGGUUUAGCUUCGGUGCGUUUGACGUUUCGUCGGGUUGUCAAAAGUGUUGUUGUUGCCAAUAUCGACCCCUGGUCGAAUCGGUUUGAUUUGUGUCAAGGGAGAAACAUUCCAACCUCAUCGCCGUCACGCACCAAUCAGGAUCAGGGUUGGCUCUGCUUCUCUUGGUUACCGGGUAGACCUCGCCAAUUCAGAAUAAAUAUCCAGGUUCCUUCCUGUUUCAAAGUAAUAGUCGACAGGUCACCUUAAUGUUUCCAAAUAAUAGUAUCUCGGUUGCUUUCUGUUUCAAAAUAAUAGUUUCCAGGUUCCUUCCGGUUUCAAAAUAAGAGUGUCCAGGUUCCUUUCUGUUUCAAAAUAAGGGUGUCCAGGUUCCUUCCUGUUUCAAAGGUAAUAUUCUACCGGUUCCUUCCUGUUUCAAAACACUCGUUGACGGGAUCCUUCCUGCUUGCAAAACAAUUUUCUACAUGUUUGAAAAAUAUAGUCUGUGUGUAUAAUCUUCGCAAGAGUCAAUCACACUCCUAGCUCAAUAAAAAACAUGCAAAGUGCCUUUUAAGAGUAAAUACUGAAUCUUAAAUGUAACUGAUGGUAACCGAUAGUGUUAAUCGAGUGGCUAAGGAUACCACCCCCCCCCCCCCCCCCAAACUCUCUCACUGCUUCAAUCCCCCCUACGCCUCCGGAUGUUAAAUAAGUCUCAUACUGUCAUCUGUGAAACUGACAGCAACGCGUAGAACCACCUCGAACUACUGACCAAAGAAUUGUCAUGGUGACCCUCCCCCCCCCCCCCCCCCCCCUACAGGCUCACGGCCUACUCUACUGGAAGAUGGAUAUCUUAGGGUGGUAGUGGCAGAAAAUGGCAUCGAAGCGUAGUUCCUCACUCCGUUGUGCACCCAAACGUUCUCGCUUGGAUGAUUUCCUCCCGUAACAACGUUUCAUAGGAUUGGAAAAAUCGAUUUGGUGCGCUGCUGUUUCACUGUUCACUUCCUCUGUAUGCUCCCGCUUCUGAUAGGGCGCAUCCCAUUGGCUGUCUGCAUUGAGCUACCUGGAGGAGAGAGAGCUGG